CUAUGGCGGCGCUUGUUUCUGAAGCAGAGUCGCUGAGUGGGCAGCCUCCUCCCGAUACUGACCGAGGUGAGCAGGUCCAACAGCCCGGAAACGGCGAAGAAGCGGCCGGCUCGGUAGAAGCUGGACCAGGGAAACCACAGGCAGCUUCCUCGGGCACGAAGCGGAAGGAGGCUCCCGCCAUCCCCAGAGGAAAGCCUAAAUCUGGGCGGGUAUGGAAAGACACCGGCAAGCAGCGGUUUUCUCUCAUGACUCUGGAUAAGCCUUUGCGUACCUCCUGGGAACGCAAGAUGAAGGAACGCCAGGAAAAGAAGCUAGUCAAAGAUUUUGCGCGGCAGUUGGUGGAAGAAAAGCGAAAAGAACGUGAGGAGAAAAAACUACGAAGGGAAGAAAACUUAAGAAGACGACUGGAGAAUGAGCGGAAGGCAGAGGUUGUGCAAGUGAUUCGGAAUCCAGCAAAACUGAAGAGUGCAAAGAAAAAGCAACUGCGUCGCAUUGAGAAGCGGGACACACUGGCAUUGCUGCAGAAACGCCAAACGCAGCGCAAAGCAGCCAAGGAAUGAGGCCGAGGCGGGUCUCCCUCCCCACUCUCCAUGCAUUGAAAAUGACAUCUUGAAAUGUGCUGGCCAGAUGCACUGCUGGUUUGCUCCCUGGCUUCUCUUGGUCCCGGAGAUCAGACUCUCCCAGAGAAGGCUGCAUUGCAUCCAGAUGCCCCUUAGCUGAAGCCUCCCUUUUGCUUUUCUGUGGAGAUGGCAAAGCAGAAUACUCCAAGGUGAAGUGCUUAGACAUCUUUUUUUUUUUAAACUAACUAUUCUCCAGGGUAGCAAAAGACCCCAGACUUUAUGGAAUGGGGCAAAC